AUGCAGCGAGCCCUCGCCCAUGUCGGCAUCACCUUUGCCUCCCUCGCCCCGGACCCAGAGCUCAUCGAAGCCCUGGCCCGUCCUGACGUGAGCAAAGUCGUGACCGACAUGGUAGUCUACGCCGCACGCCGCCAUCUCCGCCUGGGGGCUGCCCGAUCCGCCGUGACAAGGGCCGCCGCCCACGAGCAGCCCGGACCCGAGGACCUGACCCCGACCACAGAACAGCAUGAACACUUUCUGCCUCCCAAGCGCGUCAAGCGCGUCUUAGACCUCGCCCCCACCCUCGCCGAACACAGCGUUCACUCCGAAUCAGCCGCCUCAGUCACCAUGACCACGGACAAUGUCCAACAAGACGAAGCGGGUCGCGGCCCGGCGGCGAAUGCGGAGGAAGAUGCCGGCGCCUGCUCCCCCAUUACCCCGCCCGCAAGCACCACCACUGCUGCCACUCGCGUGGAUGCUUCGCGCAACCGGCCGGCCCUGAACCUCCACGUGCCUGCUCAGCCCAACCCUCCGCGCAAUGCUGUCCCGCCAACGCCCGCCUGCUCUUUGUUCGUCGACACCAGGGCUUGCUUGGCCUCUGCCCCGACCCCAGAGGCCGGGGUCACCCAGGCCUGCGAGCAGCUUGCCGAAGCCCUCGCCCGGAAUACCCUUGCCGUGCUUGAAACUAAUCUGCAAGCCGGUCAAGUUGGUCUCGAGCAGCUGCGCGAAACUGCUCGCUUCACCAUCAUGCUCCUCGGCCAGAAUUUGAACAAACUCUGCGCCGACACCCUCGCGCGGGCCCACGCCGCGUCGUCCGAGACGGCCCAGGCGUACACCAACUUGGCCCACGCCCUUCCCACCCAAAAGGCCCGCCUUCUUCGCAACGCCCUCAAGUGCAUGCAGACUCAGCUUGCUGCCUCGCACCCCUCCCUCUCUGCCGCACAUCGAGCUGCCUUUUGUAACCUUGUCAAGGUCUUCCGUCCGGCCUUUGUCCGUGCCGAUGGCUCUGAAACAGCCGAGGCACUGGCCGUGUCAGCCGAUUUGUAG